UUACAUUCGAUGCAACAAGUUUGUCCGAAACUAUAAUCAGUGAAUCUUCGAACAGUUAUGACUUGUUGCAAAAUGUUUUUCUUAUGAAUUAUCAAUUUUUUGUUGUUCUAUCUUGUAUUUUGUCAUGGCAAGGAAAUAUUCUUUUCUCAACAAUAACAGUUGGUCUUUUUAUUCGUUGAAAAGGCUGUAUGUUUGGGUGCUACUGUCUUCAGUAAUAAAAUCAAACGUAAGUGAAGGACCCGCGGAUAGAUGCCCAAUCAUGGAAACUCACCACAAAAUGUUUAAAAGAGAAAUGGUGAUUGGUCCAAAUGAUUUGGUCAAGAAUUUGAUGCCAAAAGGCGGGAAGAAUUUAGAAUAUUUCGUAGAAUUAGAAUUGAUGUUGGAAAACAUAGCCGAUAAUUCAAGUCUGUAUGACGCACCAGUUGAAGAAAGGGAUGAAAUCAUUGAUAAACUCCGAGAAGAACCACACGUGAAGAAAAUCAUCCAGGAAUGUGAAGAACUGCAUCUUCAUCCUCCCUGCCACGCAUCCAUCUACAGAACUCUGGACGGUACUUGCAACAAUCUCAUACAUCCUAUGUGGGGAAGCACUUUCUCUCAACAAGUUAGACUUUUGCCACCUGCUUAUGAAGGGGCAAGUGGUUUCCGUAAGUCAGUUAGCUGUAAGGAGCUGCCUGCACCAAGAACCAUUUCUUUGAAAAUGAAGAGUGAAAAUCAUCCCUCAGCUUCAGUAUCUGCUCUAUUCACCUUCUUCGGACAAUUUGUAGCACACGACAUGGUUAUGACACCCGUUUUUACAAGAAAUAAUGAGCUCUAUAAUUGCUGUGAUUCUGCCAAAAGGAAUGACCCCAGAUGUGCCCCCAUCUACUAUCCGGAUAAUGACCCUUUCUACUCCAAACUAAACGUGGAUUGCCAAAACUUUGUUCGUGCCCUGCCCUUUCCACACUGCAGUUUCGAUAAGCGAUCACCGGUGGCCAAGGUAAACUCUUUUUUGGAUAUGUCUACAAUUUAUGGUAACAAUGAGGUUGAUGAUGAAGAGCUGCGAAGAUAUGACAAUGAUGGAAGAAUGAAGACUCGAUUUUCGUCAUUCGGCCCUAUACUCUGCGAGAAUGAAAUAGAAAAUGAAGUAUUUUGCCCUUACAACGAGACAGCUGCCUGUUUCAGAUCAGGCGAUCAUCGAGUGAAUAUGCAUACAACACUGACAGCCCUGCACACUAUAUUUGUCAGAUUGCACAAUGUUAUUGCAGAAAGCCUGCGACAAAUCAACGAUCAUUGGAAUGCUGAGAAAACAUUUCAGGAAGUUAGGAGAAUUGUGAUAGCCGUAAUGCAGCGUGUAACAUACGGAGAAUAUCUUCCACUUUUGAUUGGUACUGACAUGAUGCGGAAGUACGAACUGGAUCUUGAUUUCUCUGAGGGUUCUCUUUACAAAGAGGAAGUGAAUCCAACUCUAAUUGUAGAAUUUUCAGGAGCAGCUUUCAGACUCCACAGCAUGGUCCCUAAGAAUAUCAGCAGCUCAUAUCCGGAAUUCAAAUUUGCAGACUCCUUCUCGAACUUCAAACCUCUCUACCAGGGACAAUCGGAUUGUUUGAUUGUGGGAUCUUGUGAACUGCCAUCACAGAAGAACGAUCGUCAUUUUAUCGGGGAUGUAUCUCACGAUCUCUUCAAGGUGCCAGGUGCCACUUAUGGUAUGGACCAAACGUCUAUGAAUGUUCAGAGGGGCAGAGAUCUUGGACUGCAACCGUAUCAUCAAUUUUUGAAACAUUUCUCCAAUGCAGAAAUCAAUAAUUUUGAAGAUCUGACAAAUACUUCUCAAGAUAUUUAUUUUCUGGAGGAUAUCUAUGAUUUCCCGGCUGACAUUGAUGCAUAUGUUGGCAUAAUUACAGAAAACCCAAUCCCGGGCUUGGAUAUCGGACCCACUGCCGCUGAGAUCAUCGCGAUGCAAUUCCAUGGAACAAAAUCUGGAGAUAGUUUUUACUUCACGCAUACAAAUGGAAGAUAUCCUUUCACUUCAGAUCAAAUAAGAUCAAUCGAAGCCUUUUCUCUUGCACAGAUUAUUUGCUUGACAACUAACACGGUAAAAGUCCGACAAUAUCCUCUUCAACUACCAGGUGCAACCAAGAAUCCGCUUAUCUCCUGCUCAUCCGUGCCAACGAUGAAUAUGAAUCCAUGGAGGGAACAGCAGUUUUAAUAAACCUAUUAGUUUAUUGAUUCAGUAGUUUAUUCAUUAAUUAGUAAAUAACUGAAGUACAAAUAUUAUAAAAAGAAUAUUGCAGGAAAAA